AUGCUUCCUUGGGCCUCGGGCCCACAGCGCCCCGAGGCUUCCCCGGGACCCGCGCGGGGGCCGGGCCUCGACGGGAGCCCGGACCGCGCGGGCUGCGCGCGCGCCUCCUCGCCCCCGCACCGCGCGCGGGGCUCUCAGCGCGGGGGCUUUGUCCCCUCGGCUCCGCCGGCGCCUCACUCACACCUGCCGCCCGCCUUCCCCGGCGCCGACCCCGCCUGGCAGGCAGGCGGGCGCCCGGCCGGCCGGGAGGUGGUGCUCGCCUCCCCGCGCCUCGGCCGCGCGUUGCCGGGCAGCGGCUCCGAGGCUCCGAGGGGGCGGAGCGGCGAGGCCGGCGUGCGGCUGGCGGCCCCUGUCCGCGGUUCCGGCCCCCGGCCCGCCCCCGCCUCGCCGGUGCGCGGCGCCCGGUCCCCGCCGCAGCCGCAGCGGCCGCCCCUGCCGGGCCUGCGAGCGCCGAGCCGCGAGGCCGGGCCGGGGCGCCGGCCGGGAGUGCCGGGGGCGCGGCGCCGACGCCGAGGCGCGGCCAUGGAGGGGGAGCCCCGCGCCGGGGCCGCGCUGUCGCCGGGGCCGAGCGGCCGCCGCCGCCCGGGGCUGCUGCUGCCCGGCCUCUGGCUGCUGCUGCUGGCCCGGCCUGCCUCGUGCGCCCCAGGGGAGCUCUCGCUGGAGCAGCGCAGCCUUUCCUUGUACCCCGUGGAGCCCACGCUGGAGAAGAGCACCGUGCACAGUACUGCACACGUGGCCUUAACCGAAGCCGCUCCAGGGUCCCCGCAGAGUGGCCCCCUCCUCGUCACAGCCUCUCCAGCUGCCUCUGCUUUUGAUCCAGCCUUGCUUAGCCAGGGAGUCCAGACAUGGGGCGCAGCCGACCACAGCCUCUUGGUGGUGGGUGGCGUGUCCGUGACGAGUAACGAGGUGCCUGUGGAUGGCGAGGACAUGGAUAACUUCCUGCCAGAUACUCACUGGACCGCGUCCCAGAUGGUUUCUCCGAUGCAGUACGUCACGGCCAACCCCCUGGGGCUGCCCAGAGAGAUGCCGGCGCCCGUGCCCACGCCGUCAUUACCUGUGGCUUCUUUAGAAGACGCGGCAGUGAGGUCAGCAUGGCAGAGCACCGUGCGACCGCUGCGGACGGAUGCCGGGCCCCCCGGUCACCCCACUGUGUUUUGGUCGGCUUUGCCCAGUGCCGAGGGCACAGCCCCGACUCCUGGUGGGAGCUUCGUGCUUCACCUUGCUGCUGACGCUGUUGGUGGCUUCUCGAGCAGGACUCGGCCCGGGGUCAUGACUUCAGGGGCACUGGACGUGGAGACCCUGUUCUCCAGCUCCCGGUUGUCGGCGCCUCAGCCGCUGGGGGAUGGCGUCACUCAGCAGCCGGUUCCCCUCCUGUCCGAGGGCUCACGGCCGCCAGGGGCUGUUCUGGGCACAAGUAUGGACAGAUGCCGUGAGGGCACCACGGCUCUGGGUCGGCCGUGGGAAGGAGCCAUCUCCCCAAGGACGCCCGCUACUGUGACUGUCUCACACCCAGCCCCCGCUCCCAGCAGUGCACACUCGGCUUUGCUCUCAAUCCCCCUUGCAUUUGAAUCCUUUCCUACUCAGUCAGCCGAUGGCUCCUUUAGCCCCUUUCUCCCGGGCCACACCAGGGAGGUGUCGGCGCUGCCUGGCAAUCCCACGCUGAGCCUGAUGUCGUACGUGGGGUGUGCGUCCUGCUCCGUGGCACCUGCUCUGAAGGUUCUGCCCACGAGCCUCCCGGAGAGGGACGUGGGCUCAGGGGACGGUGCUGAGACCCUGUCCCUGGUGCUGGUGGAAGCCAGCAGUGUGUCUCCACUGAGCAGCGUGCUCGCGGACGUCUCUGAGUUUGAGGAAGAGUCUCCGGAAUUUAAUACGCUUUUCCCCUCCAGACCUGUGGUGCCCCUGUCUUCUAGAUCUCUGGACUCCUCGGGAAUGCGCGCCGGCGUUUCGGCCGAGGUGGAGCUGAGCAGCGUGGCGGCCACACGAGUGUAUCCCUCCCACAGCCACCUCUCUGUGCCAGUGUCACUCGAUCCCAGCUUCGGCCCCCACUCGGUCGCUGAAACGGAAAUGAUGCUUCCCGGAGGCACCUCUGCGCUGUUCCCGGCCCCCACCAGUGUUCUCCCCCACCUGUCCUCCUCCGUGGCGGCAAGCACAAACACGCCAUGGUUUGCCGCCCGAGACCCCAGCGCCCUCGCCUCUUACGCACUGGUUCCCUCAGCCGAGCCGGCGCUGCCCUCUGACCCGGAGCCCACCGGUGUCUUUGAGCAGGGAUCUGGGAGUCGUUUGGAUUUUGCAUCGAGCCUUUUCUCAACCCCACCGCUGGAGCGCAGCCUCCCGGGCCCUGCGUCCUCAGGACUCGCGUCUCCGUCUCCUGCGUCGAGUGACCUCUCAGCCUUCACGCCGCUGUCCUUCCCCACCUUGGCGGGAGCGAUCACAUCGUCUGGUGCUGUCCACGCGGAGUCGCCCCCGCUGCCUCUGCCUGAUUCCACGUGCGUGGGGUUUUCUGCGCUCCAGCCAAGUUCAGCCCCUCCUCUGAGCAUGGCCGCCCCUCUGCCCAGCCGCUCUGAGACACUGCCACUCUCAGUCCUCCCCACCGACUCUGGCGAGUUCGCUGAAGCCCCAACAGUGUCGCUGACAGACCCUGACGCCCACGCUACCUCAGCCCUCACGGAAGCCAUGGCCUCUGUGGAGUCUUCACUCGGCCCUCGCGAAUCUGCCGUGGCCGCAUGGGUGCCCUCCAGCUCCGAGCCCAUCCUCGACGCCUCAGCUGCUGGGGCUCACUCAGCAUCACCCCUGACUGCGUUUUCUAUGACCCCCACGUCCUCGGCUCUGAUGUCCCCCGAUGCCCACGUGGGCUCCCCAGAUGCCCACACGUCUGUCCUGUCCCCUCUCUCCAGUGUUGCUCCCACGGGCCCAGUGCUGACCACCCACGCAUUCCCAUCGUUGUCGCCGUCAGCAUCUCUGUUUGCUCCCCAGGUGACCCCAUCACCUUUGCCGACAGCGCCUGCCCCCGCGGGCCCCUCGCAACCACCCACAGAUGCGCCGUGGAGCCCCUCCGCCGAGCCGGGCACGUCUACCGGGAGCACGGCCGCUGCUGACGUUGUGGACGCUGGCCAGGGCAGCCAGGCUGCGGGGGACAGCCCUCCGGAGGCCAGCGCCGCCCCUCCCCUGCCGGCGCUGCGUCCUGGUACGCCAGCGCUGGCCACUGCCAAGCCGCCAUACGUGUGUGAUAUUACGGUUCCUGAUGCCUAUCUCAUCACGACUGUGCUGGCCAGGAGAGCUGUGCAGGAGUACAUCAUCACCUCGAUCAAGGAAGUGCUGAGGCUUCGCUUCAACCGCGCCGUGGAGCUGAAGGUUUAUGACCUGUUCUCCGACUUCACCUUUCUGGUCACAUCCGGUCCGUUUGUGUACACGGCGAUCUCCGUCAUAAACGUCCUCACCAACAGCAAACUCGUGCGCGACCAGGCCCCGCUCAUCCUGGCUGUGAAGCCGUCUUUCCUCGUGCCAGAGCCCCGGUUCCAGGUGCAGACAGUUCUUCAGUUUGUGCCGCCAAGCGUCGACAUCGGCUUCUGCAACUUCACCCAGCGGAUCGAGAGGGGCCUGGUGACAGCGCUCUUGGAAGUGAGGAGACACCACCAGGGGCCGCAGAACCUCACGGUGCAGAUCCUGAACGUCACCGUCACUGCUUCCCGGGCGGCUCCCCGGCGAGGACCGGUCCACAUCAUCUUUGGCGUCCGGGGCGUGCAGGGGUUUCUGAAUGGGUCGGAGGUGAGCGAGCUGCUCAGGAACCUGAGCGUGGUGGAGUUCAGCUUCUACCUGGGCUACCCGGUGCUGCAGAUCGCAGAGCCCUUCCAGUACCCACAGCUCAACUUAUCCCAGUUGCUGAAGUCUUCCUGGGUCAGAACAGUCCUCCUGGGCGUGGUGGAGAAGCAGCUACAGAACGACGUGUUUCCGGCCGAGAUGGAGCGCAAGCUGGCGCAGCUGCUCGGGGAGGUUUCCAGCCGCAGGCGCGUGUGGAGACGGGCCACCAUCGCUGCCGGGAACAGCGUGGUGCAGGUGGUCAACGUGUCCCGGCUGGAAGGGGACGACGAUCCCGUGCAGCUCAUCUACUUCGUGGAGGACCAGGAUGGAGAGAGGCUCAGUGCUGUCAGGUCUUCAGACCUCAUCAACAAGAUCGAUCUGCAGCGAGCAGCCAUCAUCUUGGGUUACCGAAUUCAAGGCGCCAUUGCCCAGCCUGUGGACAGGGUGAAGAGGCCAUCAGCGGAGUCGCAGAGCAACAACCUGUGGGUCAUCGUGGGCGUGGUCAUCCCGGUGCUGGUGGUCAUGGUGAUCGUCACCAUCCUCUACUGGAAACUCUGCCGCACAGACAAGCUGGACUUCCAGCCGGACACUGUGGCCAACAUCCAGCAGCGGCAGAAGCUGCAGAUCCCCAGCGUGAAGGGCUUCGACUUCGCUAAGCAGCACCUGGGGCAGCACAAGGACGACAUCCUGAUCAUUCACGAGCCAGCGCCGCUGCCGGGGCCUGCCAAGGACCACGCCACGCCGUCGGAGAAUGGAGACGUGCCCAGCCCCAAGCCCAAGGCCCCCGCCAAGGACCUCCGCCACCGGGGAAGGGUCUCCCCCUCCGAUGCCGACUCCACGGUCAGCGACGAGUCCAGCGAGAGGGACGCGGGAGAGAAGACGCCGGCAGCCCCGCCGCAGGCCAAGGUCCACAGAGCGCCCCCGAGCGGGCCCCCUCUGCCCAGCUCAGGGAACGAGCAGCGUUCCUCAGCCUCCAUCUUCGAACACGUGGACAGGAUCUCCCGCUGCUCGGAGGCCGGCCGGAGGGUCCCCAGCAAGAUCCAGCUGAUCGCCAUGCAGCCCAUCCCGGCGCCCCCGGCGCCGCCGCCAGCGCUCGCCGACCGCGUGGCAGAGAGCAACAAGAUCAACAAGGAGAUCCAGACCGCGCUGCGCCACAAAUCGGAGAUCGAGCACCACCGCAACAAGAUCCGCCUGCGCGCCAAGCGCCGCGGCCACUACGAGUUCCCGGUGGUGGACGAGCUGUCCUCCGGCGACACCAGGGAGCGGCACCGCGUGUACCGCAGGGCACAGAUGCAGAUCGACAAGAUCCUGGACCCCACGGCCAGUGUGCCCUCCGUGUUCAUAGAGCCCCGGAAGAGCUCACGGAUUAAGCGUUCCCCUAAGCCCCGCCGGAAGCACCAGGUCAACGGCUGCCCCGCGGACGCGGAGAAGGACCGGCUCAUCACCACCGACAGCGACGGCACCUACAAGAGGCCUCCGGGCGUGCACAACUCUGCCUACAUCGGGUGCCCGUCCGACCCCGACCUCCCAGCCGACGUGCAGACGCCGUCCUCAGCGGAGCUGGGCAGGUACCCGGGCCUGCCCUUCCCGGCCUCCCAGUAUGUCCCCCCGCAGCCGUCCAUCGAGGAGGCACGCCAGACCAUGCACUCCCUGCUGGACGACGCCUUUGCCCUCGUGGCCCCCAGCAGCCAGCCGGUCAGCGCCGCAGGUGCAGGCCCCGGGGGCCCUGCCGGCCUGCCUGUGAACAGCACCCCAUCCCGGGAACAGAGGCGGACUGCCCAGUGGGGCUCCUUCUGCAGCCCAGCCCAGACAGCCAGCACCCCCUGCAGCAGAUACGAAGACUACGGAAUGACUCCUCCUGCGGGGCCGCUGCCACGGCCAAGCUUCGGCCCCACAUUGCUGCAGCCUUCAGAGCUGGGGGCCCCCGACCCCCAGCAGCCGCAGGCCUCGUCUGAAGCUCUGUUUGCUGCCCGAGGGAUCUACGCAGACGAUGGGCCCGCGGCAGCCCGGCCUCGGCCCGUGGGCAGCACCACAGGCUCCCAGAUCCAGCACCUGACGCAGGUGGGAAUCGCCAGCAGAAUUGGAGCCCAGCCCGCGGAAGGCCCCCCAGGCAGAGGCAGCCAGUUCGGGGGGCCAGGCUGGCCCGCGUACGGGGAGGACGAAGCAGCACGGAGAGAGGCCACACACUUGCUCGGACGCCAGGAGUAUUCCUCACCGCUGUUUCAGGUGCCAAGGACUUCGGGCAGGGAGCCCUCCGCUCCUCCGGGGAACCUCCCCCACCGGGGGCCGCAGGGCGCGGGGCUGGCCUACCCGACCAGCUCCACGGAAGACCUGCAGCCCGGCCACUCCUCCGCCUCCCUCAUCAAAGCCAUCCGCGAGGAGCUGCUCCGCCUGUCCCAGAAACAGAGCCCCGUGCAGAACUUCCACAGCUGAUGGGCGCGUGCGCCCUCGCCGAGUAUUCGCUUCCCGUGGAAGCAAGAGCAGGAGGCCGGCCGAGUGGGUGUCCGGGGAGGACGGAGCGUCUCCCGGCGAGCAUCAGAAGAUGCCAGCCGUCCCAGGGCACCUGCUUCUCAUGGCGGCGGCUCUGUGCUCCCUUGGGUUCGGUGGAAACGUACUCGCUUUUGGCCAGAAGCCAGCGGCAAAAACACAAGGCAGACCUGAGCUAACAACAGCAGUGCGUUAGUGUCCUUUUGAAAGGCAACAGAGUGAAAUAGUAGAUGGCACCGCCGGGGCUCACGGAAUCCAGGUUUCCAUGGGGCUGUGGAUGCACCUGCUGCUUUGUUCCCUGAGAAGGGAGUUCCAAGACAUUUCCUCAACAGCUCCGUUUCCCUCUUUUUCUCCAUAGGAACUUAUUUUAAUAGGAACAUUGACGACCAGAAUCCUAAAACUGGUGGGGGAUUUUUUUAAAGCUACUGGUGAGAAACCAAAUGGUGGGUCGUGGAGCCUGGUGAUUCCAGACGAAGCCAUCGCUGCGUUCCUCCUCCUCCGUCUGGUGCUGCAGCUCCCAGGGCCACUCCACCUUCACACCCGCGCCGUGCCGCCCGGCGUUGUCCCUGGAAGAAUACGUUGAAGGUUCCAUUUUGUUCUAGGAAAAAACACAACUAGGGGAAGGGCUCAUAUUUAUUUGGUUAUUAUUCGAAAUACACAUUGAAGUUUAGAUUUGCAUUCUCCGUUGUAUCUGCUGUUUCAUGAUUGGGCACGUGCAGUGCCUGGCUGCACCCCCGCCUCGCACUGGAGGUCCCGCCCCAGCCUUGCGCUUGGCUGGCGAUGUGCUCACAAUUGCGUUUGAAUGAGGAAGUUCCUGUCAGCCAAAAUGCUUCCUAAAAAUCCAGUUCUCGAUGAGUGCACCCGCAGUCAUCGAGACCUGAGACCGUCCAGCCUCGCGCGAGCAGUGGGGAGGUGGGAGGAGCAGCGCUGAGACGGGGCCAGAGCAGGAGCUGCUCCUGCUCACGUCCGGUCUUGUCGGCGCCAUUCCUUUAGGGACGAGACCGCCUGUGCACCUCGGGCCUGGGAGAGCAGAUUGUGUGGCUUAGGAUCACUCCCAGGGCAAACAGUUCCACACUUGUGGUGCGGAAUGUGGUGACGAGGGCCGGUGUGUUUCCUGGUGCCCGAGUGCAACAGGAGAGCAGGCUUAGAGAAGAGAUCUCCACCCUGAGCCUCUUUUUAUGAGAUCGACUAAUACUUUAAUUAAACAAGAGACACACCGGUAGCAUUUGGGGCUCAGGUUUUAAGGCCCCUGGAACGGUUCAGUGGGCGUCGGAGGUGCAGUCGCUGGUUCCAGACUCGUGUCUCAGCACGUCCUUAAUCCAGGGUGCCGCUGACAGGGCACGGGGGCUUCUGGGAAGUACAGGUGUAGCCAGGUUCCACGUGUGCUCCUCUGAAAUACAGGGGUGCAGGGGAGCACGUCUCGAGAAUGUUAACUAGGGGCCGGGGGUGAGAAGCCCCUCUCGCUACCUCCUCGGUCUGGGUUUCAUAGCAGACUCCCCCCAAGCAGAGGAGUCUCUCGUGAAUCACACAAACUGCCUGGGCUCCUGAGUCUCUCGUUCCUGCCGAGUUUCAGAUCCGCUUGUGGAGUUCUCUUGCGGACGCCUGAUGUGCGCUGGAGCCACGCGGUGGCCAGUGGGGUGAAUGGCCGCUCUCCCAGCUCCGCUCAGUUCCUGGAGCAGCUGCGCGGAGUCACCGUGGGAGUGGUGUGUCUCCACGGGGUUGACGGAACAGCGAUCCGCUCUGCCAGAGGACGGUAGGGGAUCCACCUGCGCUUUCAUCCUUAGAGCUGGCGCACCUCCACGCGGGUGUGAGACCAACGCGAGCAGCGCAGAGCACGCUGGCCUUGCACUCGGCUCCCCAGACACCUGCCAGGCAGGCUCGCCAGCACGCGGGCAGGAGGCAGCUCAGUGAAUGCGCCCCCCAUGCCAGCCACGCGUGGCUUUCGGGCUCUGUUCACGGAUGAACCUGAAGUGAAAAGCCAGCGUGUGCGGCUGCUCCGUUCU